UUGUUUACGUUUACGUAACCGACAUUAGAUUUGUGCUUUAGGAAUAUCAAGGUUAAUAUUUGGAUCAUUUAAAAAAUUGCAGACCACGCCGAAACAUCAUUAUGCAGGAAUCUUCUACAAAAGGAAAUUUUAUUAAGGUAGAGGAUAAUAGUCCUGGCUAUAAAUUGGAUAACUUCUGUAUACCUAAACAUUAUGAAGAGGAUCUAAAGAGAGUUUUAGUUCCAGCAGGUCUUGUAGCUGAUAGAGUGGAGAGAGUAGCUAGGGACAUAGUACAAGAUUUCCAGGAGGAGCCAAUUGUUGCCCUAUGUGUACUUAAAGGUGGAUAUAAAUUCUUCACUGAUCUCCUUGACAGGAUAAAACAGUUGAAUAGUCAUCGUAACAAAUCUGUUCCACUGGCUGUUGAUUUUAUUAGACUAAAGAGUUAUGUUGAUGAUAAAUCUUCAGGUCAGAUAGAAGUGAUUGGUGGAGAUAGCUUAGAAAAUCUAAAGGGGAAAAAUGUAUUAGUUGUUGAGGAUAUAAUUGACACGGGGAACACAAUGAUGAAAUUACUGUCUCUUCUGAAAGCUGUGGAACCUAAAACUAUUAAAGUAGCCAGCUUACUGGUAAAAAGAACACCAAAAAGUGUUGGCUACAGGCCUGACUACACUGGCUUUGAAAUACCAGAUAUUUUCAUAGUUGGCUACGCAUUAGAUUACAAUGAAUACUUCAGGGAUCUUAAUCAUAUCUGUGAAAUAAAUGAAGCUGGAAAAGUGAAAUAUGCCACCAAAAGCUAGUACCAAAUGGAACAAAUAGAUAUAAAGCAUUCAUGAUAUUAUGUUUAGACUAAAUGUUACGUUGAACCAAGAAGAUUUAAUAUUACACUUAGAACCUUAGAACAAAUGUAACUUUAAACCAAGAAGAUUUAAUAUUACACUUAGAACCUUAGAACAAAUGUAACUUUAAACCAAGAAGAUUUGAUAUUACCAUGAAGUCAUUUAUAUUUUAAUUGUUGUUAAUAGUGCAUGUAGUGAUUGUGAAUAGUUAUGAUGUAUACCUUUAUCAUUUUAUUCACUAGCUAAUUAUGUGGGCAAUUAUUUACUAGAUAUAAAUGGGCAAUUAUCCUUUAUUAUUUUGACCAAUAGAUUGUCUUAUUAAAUAUAGGGACCAAUA